GGGCACUGCUGAUGCUGAUGCGAGAGCUUUCGGCGUCUGUAAUCAACAUCGGUGGCCUGACUGCCAAAACGAUGGAGUUUCUUGGCCUCAUUUGACACCCUGUUGGUUUCACUGUGGUCAUCAGCGGGGGACGCUGGCGCAGGUGUGCUUUUGAGGACAGCGGAGGGAUUUGAGGAGGGAAAGAAAACGGUUUCGUCUCGUCACCCGUCUGGCCUGGCUUCUGAGGGACACAGGUGGACCGCCGCUGGAAAACGGCAUCAAAAUUAGGCAGUGAUAUUUUACUGCGAAGAGGACGACACUUGACGUAAUUACCUUUUGAACCCAGAAGCUAGCAUUUUGGUAUUGUUUUAUCAAGAGAGGACGAGAGUUAAGCUUGAGGGGUUUUUUGGUGUGUUAGCCAGCUAAUAGGCUAAUUUCGUUAGCAAGCCUGUUAGCAGCUUCCCCGACCAAUGGCACGGGAGAAGUGGGAUGCUCGAAGGAGGAGUUAACAGUAGUUGCUGGCUUAAAUUCAUUUGAAGGAAAGACGGUCGGUGACACAUGUGGGAAGCCGCUUUGCAACCACAGAUUUGGCGUUAACGUUUUACAGCUUGGUGUUAAUUCAGCUUCGAGUAACGCUGCUUACGUCGCUUCCCUCCGAGGCGAUUGAUAAGAUUAGAUAAUCGGCUAAUAAGGCUAAUGUUGACAAACACUCUUGACCUAACGCGUUAAUUCGUAACUCUAGUGUUUCAUAUCAUCUCGCUGUCAGAGAUGCUGUAAAGUCGUGUGCUUGUCGGUUCAGUUUCGAGACGUCGUUGAGCAACUUUCAGGCCGCAAGUGAAGCAUGCUGAAGCUGGAACAUCUGACAACUACCAGGAGCGGACCUGCCAUGGCAGAAAGGGAUAUAGUGAGUCCAGACGCAUUUCCAUCAGCACCAUAUUCAGUAAGGCCAGGAAAUCAGCAUGAUUUCUAGAUUUAGGUAAUGCUGUUCUCGAGAUGUGGGUGGCAGCCACUGAAUUUAAAGUCAGAAAUAGAGGCUGAGUCUUAGGCGUUUUUUCUAAACCUGCAUAUGUUCUUAAAACUAUUGUAGUUUAUACAUCGUAAAAUCACAAUAUCUGAUAGCAUCUUUUAAAUGAUAGAGGUGGAGAGUGCUUGUGGGAGCUCUCCACACUUGACUCAUAAUUUCACUGAGAUGUGCUGUGCCAUAUAGAAGCAUGGCAUUAAAAUUGAAGGACUGGAUCUUGACAGUAGUGAGAUAAAAAUAAAUAAAUAGAUACAAAUCAGCAGCUUUCAUAGGUUUCCAAAGGCGAACAGCCAGCAUAAAUGGAGCCGACAGUUGUGUCUGGGCCUUUGGGGCACACGCAGUGGGAGCCAGAGCAGCCAUUUCCUCUUGGAUUUGAAACACUGGAUUCAGACAAUGCAGGUGUGCCCUGUCAAAACAAGAGUGAACAGACGGGUUUGGACUUCAGGAAUGGCGACCAGGACAACAUAUCCCAACAGAGUCAGAAGGAAAAGGAUUUAGUAGACAACCACCUGAAUGUCUCAAAUCUUUCUUUUGGAGAUUUGCAAUUUGAGGGAGACCACACCACUAUCUCCCAAACCUUUCUCCACAGUACUCACAUUAAGGAUUUGUCUUGCACAGAAAAAACAGAGGGACUUGAUGAAAUUGACUGCACAUUGUCCUGGCUAUUUUCUCCCAACUUUGCUGAUGUGAUUGGAAAAAACUCUGCCCAAAAGGAGCUGACUCUUAAACGGGAUUCCCCUCUGGAGGACUUAGAAGUCCUCAGUAGUCAGGUUGCGCUAAUAACCCUCAGCGUGCCAUCAUCUCCAGUGAAGACUGAUACAGGGGAUCCAUUUUUGCUAGUAGAUCUCUCAAAUGAACAUUCUGCUCCCAGCUCAGAGUCUUCAGGCAAGUUAAACCCACAGGGUGUCAGUGAGGAGCUGGUAAAGGUGCCAUGUAAGGAGCAGGCCGACCUCCCUCCCUUACAGAGCAGGGAGACUUUGUCACCUGAAAUUGGAGACAAAGGUUUAUUCCCUGAUCAAGUGACCGAUCUGCCUGUAACCAGUAGCGCUACCCUACAAGGUUUACCUGAGAACUGCCUCCUUCAUAACACACACAGCACACCGCUGGAGUGUUUUGAAGGAUCUGUGCCUUUGUUGGAUUUAGACGUUCCAGAUUUUGACAGCAGCCUAAGCCUGUGGCCUGCCAGUGCUGCCUCUGUUAUCUACACAGGAACUCCAUUAGAUGUAUCACCAGAGGAGUCAGAAGUGGUACAUGAAGAAGCUGCUGUUAUUAGAAAUCUUACUUUGGAGCAACAAGGUGAGAAUGACCUGCUUGCUCUGGGUUUAUUAAACGAACCUUCAUCACUGACACUGCCUCUGGCUGAAGAUGCCAUCAUCCAGGGUGAUCUCAGCAGUCAGAGUUCCUCUGUGGAAAACGCGCCUAAGGAUUUGAUGGAAGAAAAAAUCUGUUCUGAAGUAAAAAAUCAGGGGAAUGAGGCAAUGGCUUUGGAUCCGUGCUUGACUGUUGAAGAGGUCCACGAUGACGAAUCUUGGGACUUGAAACCCCAGGAGGGUGUGCGGAAUGAAAGCAGUCCAGCAGCUGAGGAGAGGCUGGCCGACACUACACAGCUCCAGGGUUCAGGCUGUGACGAAGUGGCCUCUUUUGAUUUUUCAGUUCAGGAUUUAAAUACAACUUCUUCUGAGCCUGAAUGGACUAGUGAGCAGGCCGUGGAGACGAUCUCCCUCUCCAACAUGGUGGUAGAUGACUCACUGCCGAUGGUCUCAUCUGUGAGCGCGGGGGAGGAAGAUGUCUCCCCUCUGAAAGCUGUGUUCGAUGCUUUAGACCAAGAUGGUGAUGGGUUCGUCCGCAUUGAGGAGUUCAUGGAGUUCGCCGCCGCCUAUGGGGCCGAUCAGGUGAAGGAUCUGACCAAGUUUUUGGAUCCAAGUGGGCUCGGUGUCAUCAGCUUUGAAGAUUUGCCAGGGUGGAAUCUUGCUGAUAGCAAUUAA